AUAGCCGCCAACUGCGUGGUUAGGUAAUCGUUUUACUUUCGACUUUGUAUCUAUACACUUUCACGGAAUCCCAUGAAUUUUUUCGAGCAAUAUAAUUAAUAUUAUUAAUGCGCCUCAUUAUAGGCGACGUCGUAUGAGACGUUUUUGCACUGAGCGGGAUUUUUUACCGAAGAUAUGCAGCAAUGCUCCAGAGGACGAGGACCGUCUGAUAGUAACAUGAAGAACAGGAAGUCAUGGGACUAAAACAACCUAUGUCUUCAUGUUAUUCGGAAAGAAAUAAUGAAAAGCGUGUUCCUGGUCGUCAGUUUGAGCAUUUGCGGGCUUCAGAUUAUUCUCUCAUAUGGAUGUGGCCCAAGUGAAUAUCGGUCAAGAGCUGGAGAGUGUUGUCCCAUGUGUUCUAUAGGUAUUUACGGAUUAUAUCACAUCAUUGGUAGCAGAAAGGUGGUUUAUAGAGAAUGCGAUGGUGAUUCUAGUACCACAUGCAUACCUUGCCACAGUGGAACAUUCAUGAAUCAACCCAAUGGUUUUUUCAAGUGCUUUCAGUGUAAAAUCUGUGAUAAAGAACAAGGCCUUUACAAUCUACACACUUGUACCCAAGAAAGGAAUACAGUGUGUGGGGUCCUGGAUGGAUAUUACUGCAAAGAUAGAGAUGAAAACAAAGGAUGCACAUUUCCCUUGAAGCACAGACAGUGUGAACCAGGAGAGGGAAUUAAAGUUCCAGGAACUAAAGACGGGGACACUGAGUGUGAGGAGUGUCCCCAUGGGUUUUAUUCUCCACUGGGUAUAAACUGCACUAAAUGGACUGACUGUUCUGUCAAAGAUCAGGUCAAAGACACAGAAGGCAGUUCUGUAAAGGAUGUUCAGUGCAAAGUGAAAACCAGACAGAGACACGGCCUCAUAGCAGCAGCAGCAGCAGUUUUUCUAGCUUUAUGCACAGCAGUUUUAUAUUGUGUUAAUAACAAGCGUUCUGCAGUUAACAACAUAGCCAAUAACACAGGUGGUAACAAUACAACAUUAAAAAGUCCUAUAGAAGAAACAGCACCAGGUUCAUUAAAUUCACCAGAAGAAAACAGGGAAGAAGAUUUCACCUAGCUCUACUGUGGACUGCCGAAGAGGUCAUUUAUUCACACUUCACUUGUGGCAUGGAGUGAAAAAAUCUCCAGAAUUUGUCAUGGCAUAUGGAGUCUCUCAUCCCGCAUUGGCUAGGAAUAGGGCUGGGUGAUAAAACAAUAAUGAGAAAUAUCAUAACUUUCCUCGAUAGAACUAUAAGAAAAGUUUGAUACAUUUUCUAUAUAGACCAUUAUCACACUACCACGUUCUAGGGACAGCUGUGGUGCCGUUUUCUACUGCAUGGAAAGCGACACUACUUGGCUGUUGUCGGGAAAAGGUGCACUUCCGAGUUUUUCAACAUGAUUAGAGAGGGAGGGGGUGACGAGUGAAAAAGAGUUGCCAAAUACACUUUAGUAGUGUCUGAAAUGUGGAGUUAUACAUUCCCUGUUUGAGUGGAAUGACCAGCAAUUUGUUCUCUUGUGACCAAGUGUGAGUGAUGAAAUAAUUGGAGUAAUUGUACUGUCCUACAGUGAACUCACCUCUUUCUGUACAUCCUAACAAGCUUUAGCAGCGUUAAAUGACAUCUGCUCAUCAAAGUGCUGUUACAGCGCUCAGUCAUAUAAAUGAAAAGAACUUAACUGUCAGGUAAAUCGAAAUGAAUGAAAAUAACUAAGGAAACAGUGAGAGAGCUAUCUUUUCAGGCUAGCUGUUUUUAGCAGCUGGAUAGCUUGAAGCAGUGCUCCAUCACUCACACAGCACAGCAAAUUGAUGAUACUGUAGAUUAGACAAGAAACAAAUGCACCAAUUUCAGAUUAAACGUACAUAAAAAGGAGGACUCUGUCUGGUGUCAGAUAAAUUGCGGUUCACCCCUCAAAUUCCUCUGGAGAAAUCCAGAUGUCUGCUAGCUGGUGUUUGAAUACAGGGAUAAGGUAGGAGUGAUGGCAGUAAGUCAAUGUUGCUGACGGUGAGAAACUAAACAGUUUAGCACUGUUGUUGGCCACUUGUUUAGCAUUUGUAACGGGAUAGCCUAGCAGUCAUCACCAAACAGCUAAUUCUGGGCAUAACCAGAGUUUUUCAACAGACUAAAAUGACAAAAUACUUUUCUGUACCAUUUUAACAGUAUUAAUAGUAUUAUAAAUUUAAAUAUAAAUAUUGAAUUAAAUAUAAAUAUUUAAUAGUAUUAUAAACUUAAAUAUCUCAUCAAUCAUUGUCGAACGAUCCAUAAUCUAGGCUGACUGAACCUUCAUCAUUGCUUCCAAACGACAACACCAGUUUUACUAUGUAGAGUUGCAUGAAAAAGCAUUAAUACUGCUUAAAUGUGAAAAACAUUUAAAGUACACUAAUGUUAGAGGAUCUGAGGGCACCACUGCCGUUCUGUAUACCUCUGCACCAGCUACAGCAAAAUAACACGUCACUAUUGCCUAUUAAAAGCAAUACUUUUUGUAUAAAG